GAGACACUCACACUCUUUGUAGCCUCACAGUUCUGUAAACACGCUCGGCUCAAACAGCAGCCGGAGGAGCAGCGUCUGCUCAUGAGCUUGGAUUUGAUUUUUCUGCGUUCCAGAGAAUAUUGUUUGAUUCUUUCUCUUUUCCAACUUUUUGGCUCAAAAUCAAGGAAAUUGUUUCGUUUCUCUCCGGGACGCUGGUUUCAGAGUUGGGAGUGAACACAGGAUGUGGAGCUGCGUUCGGCGUGAUGGAGAACGUCUGCGUGACGGCAGCGUGCCUCCGUGUUAAUUGCCAGGUUGAUGAAAGUGGGUGGAAGUCGGGGGGGGGGGUGAGUCACAGGCGAUGUGACUGCAUGACCGAGGACGGCUGCCAGACGAGAGACAAACAAGGGGCGUCGAGGGAAGCGAGCGAUGCAGUGAGGAGGAGCUGAACCCCCUCAGGUCGGAAGCUGACACUCACCAGGAGGAGGAGGAGGAUGCAGUCCGGCGCUCAGGAGCAGCCGCUGGCGCUCACCUCCAUCAGGCCGUACAACUCCACCAAUGGGAAGGAAGAGGAGGUGAAUACAGAUGCUGAGUCCGUGGAGGAGGAGGAGGCGGAGUUUAACUGGGAGGAGUUCAUGGAGGAGACGGGGGCGAGCGCCGCCCCGCACACCACCUUCAAACAUGUGGAGAUCAGCCUCCAGAGCAGCUUCCAGCCCGGCAUGAAGCUGGAAGUGGCCAAUAAGAGCAGCCCGGACUCGUACUGGGUGGCCACCAUCAUCACCACGUGCGGCCAGUUGCUGCUGCUGCGCUUCAGCGGCUACGGCGACGACCGCAAGGCCGACUUCUGGUGCGACGUGAUGACGGCCGAGCUGCACCCGGUGGGCUGGUGCGCCCAGAACAACAAGACCCUCAUGCCCCCUGAAGAUAACAUUUACCUAAGAAAAGCCAUCAAGGAGAAAUACAGCGACUGGACGGAGUUCCUGGUUCAGGACCUGACGGGAUCCAGGACGGCGCCGGCCAACCUGCUGGAGGGGCCUCUGAGAGGGAAGAACACGGUGGACCUGAUCGUCGAAGGCUCCGUCUUGGAGCUUCAGGACGUCUCAGAUCCGUUCCUGUUCUGGCCCUUCAGAGUCGUGCAGAACGUCGGAGGGAGACUUCGCCUGCGCUGUGCCGGCCUCUCUGAAGACCAGCAGGCUCAGGACUCGUGGCUGUUCUACCUGGACGUCAGACUCCGGCCCCUCGGCUGGGCCCUGGAGAACCAGCUCGCCUUAGAACCGCCCACAGAGCUUCGGUCCCUGAAGAGCGCCCCCGACUGGCAGGAGGCUCUGGAGGAGGCGCGGCUCCUCGGACAGAAGAACCCGCUGCCGCUCGAGGUGUUCAAGGACCACGUGGACCUGCCCGAGCUGUCCUUCAGGACGGGGAUGAAGCUGGAGAUGGUGUCCCCGUGGGAGCAGCUCAGGAUCUGCCCCGUCUCCGUCACCAGGGUCUACGAUAAGAUCUACUUCCAGGUGACGCUGGACGAGCUCUCGGUGGACGUGAAGCCUCGCUCCGUGGUGUGUCACGCCCGCUCGCCCGGCAUCCUGCCCGUCCAGUGGUGUCUGAAGAACGGCGUGGUCCUGGAGAGGCCGCCCGGCUACGAGGGCCAGGACUUCGACUGGGCCGACUACCUGAAGCAGAGCGGGACGGAGGCGGCGCCCGACGCCUGCUUCCCUGAUACAUGGCAGAGCAGAGGAUUUACCAAGGACAUGUGGCUGGAGGCGGUCAACCCUCAGCGGCCAGUGGAGGUGUGUGUGGCUCAGAUCACACAGGUCAGAGGACGCCUGCUGUGGCUCCGACUGGAAGGUGUGACCAAGCCCCUGUCCGAGUGCAUCGUGGACGUGGAGUCCAUGGACAUCUUCCCCGUCGGCUGGUGUGAGGCCAACGUUUACCCCCUGACCCCCCCGCUCAGACCUGUCUGCCAGAAGCAGAAGAAGAUCGCAGUGGUUCAGCCAGAGAAACA